ACGUAGAAGUCCCAGCGGUGUUUGUCCGGCUGUGGCUGCCAGUCCUUGUGCUGCUUUUGGUUUUUUCUCAGUGCUACGCAGGGCUUCUUCUGGCGGCCCUGUGGGUCCCGAGGGUCGGCCGCCAGGCACAGGUUUCCUAAAAGGAAAAAUGGAGGAAGCUCUAAAUCAAAUGCAGCCACUGAAUGAAAAGCAAGUAGCCAAUUCUGAAGAUGGAUAUGUAUGGCAAGUCACUGACAUGAAUAGACUGCAUCGGUUCUUAUGUUUUGGUUCUGAAGGUGGGACUUACUAUAUCAAAGAACAGAAGCUGGGCCUUGAAAAUGCUGAAGCUUUAAUUAGAUUGAUUGAAGAUGGCAAAGGUUAUGAAGUGAUACAAGAAAUAAAGUCGUUUAGUCAAGAAGGCAGAACCAUAAAGCAAGAGCCUUUGCUCUUUGCACUUGCUAUUUGUUCCCAGUGUUCUGACAUAAGCACAAAACAAGCAGCAUUUAAAGCUGUUUCUGAAGUUUGUCGUAUUCCUACACAUCUCUUUACUUUUAUCCAAUUUAAGAAAGAUCUGAAGGAAAGCAUGAAAUGUGGUAUGUGGGGUCGAGCUCUCCGGAAGGCUAUUGCAGACUGGUACAAUGAAAAAGGAGGCAUGGCCCUUGCUCUAGCAGUUACAAAAUAUAAACAAAGAAAUGGCUGGUCUCACAAAGAUCUGUUAAGACUGUCACAUCUUAAGCCUUCCAGUGAAGGACUUGCCAUUGUGACCAAAUAUAUUACAAAGGGCUGGAAGGAGGUCCAUGAAUUGUAUAAAGAAAAAGCACUUACUGUGGAAACUGAAAAAUUAUUAAAGUAUCUGGAGGCUGUAGAGAAAGUGAAGCGCACAAAAGAUGAACUGGAAGUCAUUCAUCUAAUAGAAGAACAUAGAUUAGUUAGGGAACAUCUUCUAACGAAUCACUUAAAAUCUAAAGAGGUAUGGAAGGCUUUGUUACAAGAAAUGCCUCUUACUGCAUUGCUAAGGAAUCUAGGAAAGAUGACUGCUAAUUCAGUGCUUGAGCCAGGAAAUUCAGAAGUAUCUUUAGUAUGUGAAAAACUAUGUAAUGAAAAACUGUUGAAAAAGGCUCGAAUACAUCCAUUUCAUGUUUUAGUUGCACUAGAAACUUAUAAAACAGGUCAUGGACUCAGAGGAAAACUGAAGUGGCGCCCUGAUGAAGAAAUAUUAAAAGCAUUAGAUGCUGCUUUUUAUAAAACAUUUAAGACAGUUGAGCCAACUGGAAAGCGUUUCUUGCUGGCUGUUGACGUCAGUGCUUCUAUGAACCAAAGAGUUUUGGGUAGUGUACUCAAUGCUAGUACUGUUGCUGCAGCAAUGUGCAUGGUUGUUACACGAACAGAAAAGGAUUCUUCUAUAGUUGCUUUUUCACAUGAAAUGGUACCAUGCCCCAUAACUACAGACAUGACCUUACAACAGGUUUUAAUAGCUAUGAAUCAGAUCCCAGCAGGUGGAACAGAUUGUUCUCUUCCAAUAAUUUGGGCUCAGAAGACAAACACAGUUGCUGAUGUCUUCAUUGUAUUCACUGAUAAUGAGACCUUUGCUGGAAGCAUCCAUCCUGCUAUUGCUCUAAAGGACUAUCGAAAGAAAAUGAAUAUUCCAGCUAAAUUCAUUGUUUGUGGAAUGACAUCAAAUGGUUUUACCAUUGCAGACCCAGAUGAUAGAGGCAUGUUGGAUAUGUGCGGCUUUGAUACCGGAGCCCUGGAUGUAAUUCAAAAUUUCACAUUAGAUGUGAUUUAACUAUAAACACCGUCAUGACCUAAGAGGUCCAUUGCUGUCGCUGAAAAUAUGCAGCUACUUCCCACCUAAUCUCAAUCCAGUGAACGAUGAUAGUGCAGUGUGUGCAUAAUUGAAAGUAACUUUACCAAAAAAAGAAAAAAAGAGAAAAAAAAAAAAAACUAGGAAGAAGGAAACAUAAAGAUGAGCCCAAAGUUCUAUCUACUAAACUAGCUCUUGGGAAAUAGCUUCAGGAUAUUACAGCUUCCUCUCUCUCAUAGAGAACUUUUUGUUAAUAGAUACUAUAAAAUAGUCAAACAGUUUUGCUCUGGUCAAUGAUACAUUUGUACUUCAAAAAGGUGAUAUCCAAAAGUAAGCAGUUCUACAUCAUGUUACUUAUUUGAGAAGUGCUUAAUGUUUUCUUAAAUGUUUUCAUUGGAAAAGGACAGCUUUGAUAAUACCCAGAUACUCUGAAAUGCACUAGACCAUAUAACUGUGAAGGAAUAUGAAACUCAUCUGUAAACUUUUAUAUAUAUGGGAUAAAAAACUUAAGACACAUGAUUAAAUUAUGAGUGAGUUUUACAAAUUCCUUUCAGAGUUUUCUAAGAUCAUAUAAAUAACAGCUUUCUUAUUCAAUGAAACAGAUAUUUUAUUCUUGAUGUUUUAUUUGUAGUUGUAGAAUCUGUUACCAUUAAGAAGAAACAUAAUGGAAAACCCUAAGAAUGUUAUAGGGCCUGAAGAGACUAAAAUAUGUGUUGAGUGUGGAAUUGGUUUUCAUUGUUUAUUGUGCUUUAUUGCUCUGAAUGAAGGCUGUAACUUGACAGUGAUUUCCUCUAAAUAACAAUAUAGCCUCAUGUCGUCACAUUUUUGUUUUUCAUACUCACAAAUGGAAAUAACAUUUCAAGAAUUUAAGUUCCCUAUUCAUAAUCUUAACAGUAUAAUAAUUAAAAUGUCAACUGCCUUUUCCUUACUCUUAAGAAUUGUUUUAAUUACUUUUUCUAGUCAAUUAUAAAUGGGUUUUAAAUAUUUUCUAAUAGUAAACAUGUCCACAAUCCAUUUUUGUGACAGAACAUUCUUUUUUGAUAGGGUGAACAAGUAGUAAAGCAAGCCAUGUCGUUCAGGUUUGAAAAGCAGUUUUUGAGUAGCAUAUUUUGAACUAACCAGUCUGUAGGAAAUUUCUACUUUUAUGUUUUGUUUAUGUGCAUUAAACUUCCUUUACAUUACACUAACAUAUGCAUUAUUUUCUUGAACAAGUAUCCCAUCUUCAUUAGGAAGUUUGACAUUAAAGCAAUCUGUUGAAAUGUUAGUAUCUAUUCUCAUAAUUCUAUAAAGGUUGUCUAAGAUAGCUGUUACAUGUAAAACUUGCAUUUUUAUGCAUUGUUCUUUAACUAUCAAAUAAAGAUUUUUUAGGGUUCUUAAAGCUCUUAUGAUAAAUGUAAAACAAUAGUAAACAUAAAUUAUAACCACCUAUGUGCUUGGGAAUUAGAGAUUUUAUGUUUUGGAGGCAAGGUGACUUUAAUAGUGUGAGGAUUUGAAUAUGUAUUUCUUCUAUUUUCAUAGUAGUUUGGGGCUUUGGGAACAAUAAGAAAAUGUUCUUUUCAAAUGUAUUUGGCAUAUUAAUGCUGGCUUUGAUAUUUAGCCAUUCCUGCAAGACAACUAAUAGCAGUUUUUAAAAUUAGUAGCAGUUAUUUACCUAAGAGAUUUUUGGUCCACAAAGCUAGUUGUACCUCCCACUCCAGAUACACAUCAUUUCUGAUGUUUUUCUGGUUUUAACCCUCUAUCAAGCAUGGAAUGGAUUUAACAGCCACUUUUGAUACAGUAUUAUGUUCAGAUCAAAUUUGAAGGACCCAAGAUCUUCAAAAAUUAAAAAUUAUAAUAUGAUUUUUUAUUCCUAAUAGAACUGUUAAAUAGAAUAUAAUAUAAAUGUUUACUUAACUUCAGUUAUGUGCUAUUUAGAUAGAGCUUUCAUACAAAUAUAGGAGCUAAUUUUAAACCCAUCAGAAAAAUGUAUUAGAGGAGACUUUUUGAAGUAUUUAGAUAGGUCUAAUUAAAUGGAUUAGAGUAAGAUUUAAGAAAGACAAAUAUGAAAGGAAAACUGAAAGAAAAUACCAGAGAAUAAUUUUACUUUCAAAUUAUGACACUUUAGAGCUUGAAUGAUACCUUAGAAACUUAAAAACUAACUUUUGAAUUUCAUCUGGAGACCCAAGGUUCAAAACAGAAUUUGAUUCUCUAACACUAUAAGUGAUCUACAAAUCUUGGUCUCUUCAUUCCCAUUACACUUUUCACACCCCACAUCGUGGGAACACAUUCACUUAGAAUAGAAUUAUUCUCAGAAAAUAGAAUUAUUGAAAACUUUUAAGGAAAUGUAUAUACAUGAUUGCUUUAAGAGUAGAAAAACAGAUGUAAACAUUAUCAUUUUUAAUUCAUAGUAAUCCUCAAGCACAAUUAUUGUUUUAAUAAGCUAUGUUGCUAUAUAACAGUCCUAUAGAAAAAAGUAAGACUUUACCUCAUUAUAAAUAGAAUGUAUUUGAGUGAUAAACAAGCUUUAUUUUCUGAAUUACUUCUAGGAUUACUGUUACAUUAAUAUUGGGGAAAAUACUGCUUUUAAAAACAGUCCUGGGCUGGGGAUACAACUCAGUUGUUAGAGUCCUAGGUAAUGACAUAUUUCCAAGAUAUAGUUGUAACUAGUAAAAUAAAAAAUGAAUUUACAGUCUCACCUUUUCUUAUUAGUUGAAAUUCUUUGGAAAUUCUAUUUAUUAAAACAUUAGCUAAAUAACUAUUUCAAGAGAAUGUUAGUGUGUCCAUAUGGUUGUGAAUGAAAUUUAGUGUUGCCCCAUUGGAACCUCUUUUGCUUUCUCACUUAACUGUGUGGUUGUGACUCAACCUAUUCUGUUCUUGCAGUUUUCAUAAAGUAACAUUUGAUGCUUGGAUAACGAAAGAAUCAAUGAUUGAUUAUUUAAAAAUUAAAAGGCUCACAAUACUAGUUAGAACUUUUUUAAUUAAAAAUAUUCUUGUUAAUAGAUAUGAGUUUUGAAGGAUUAAAAUGUUUUAGAAAACUAGUUCAUUAGGCCAAGUAAUUUUUUUAACCAUUGCUGUUCAGAAUGGAAAAAUGCAGAAGAAAGAUUUUCACAGAUAAUAUAUUGACUAAGAAUUCACAACUCUCUGAUAAAGAAGGAAGAAAUAUAUUCUAACACUAACAGCCUCUUGGAUAGAUGAUAAAACUAUAUCUAAGGGGAUAAUAUAACACAUUUUCAUGAGCUUUUAAAAUAAUAAGUCUACAAAUGAUGAAAUACCGUUUAUUGGGUUCUUUUUUUUUCCCUACAUUUUGCAAAAAUAUAUGUAUAAGUUUUGGAAAGAUAAGGCAGAAUUACUGAUUAAAUUUGAGGGUCUGACAACAUAAACUGAAGUUUAAAAACUGAAGUCUAGUCUUAAUACCACAGGUUGGGGUGAUUUAAGGCACUGUCAUAUACCCUCAAUAUAAACAUGCACAAGAAAGACUAAGAAAAUGUUAAGCUAUGAAAUUACUAUAUAUUGUAUGGAUUUCACUUAGUGUUUGCCCGAUGUCUUCACCUUUAUCUUAUUUAGUGGAAAUUCCUUUUAUACCUUCCCCCCCCCCCUUUUAAAAUUCAUUUCUUCUAACAUUUUCAACAUCUUUUUUUUCUAGCAUUAUCUACCUGGGUAAUUAAAUGACAGGAAAGUAAACCAAAUUUAAGAGAGAUGAAUGUCUUUUAGACUGCUUUUUGUUUCAUACAGAUUUAAGGUCAUAUUUUUUUCAAAUUUAUAAUGGCAGGUCUCUUCAAGCAAUAACAAGAUUGGUAUAUUCUCUUUCCAAAUCAAGUUAUAUAAUUAAAAAGGUAUUAGAUGUUUCCAGAAAUUGUGUGGUCUUUCACUAAUAUCAGUGAUUGACCCUUCAUUUGUUUGUAGAUGUACCUACCUGUGUUGAAGGGAACUGCUCUAGUAUACAAGCACUCGUCAGAAAAUAGUUAACUACUCUAGCCAAGUGUAGUGGCACACACCUAUAAUCCCAGUGACUUGGGAUGCUGAGAGGAGGAUCAAAAGUUCUAAGCUAGCCUUAGCAACUAGGCAAAUUCCCUGUUACUCUAAACUUGGCAAGACCCUAUCUCAAACAAAAAGAGCUGGUAAUAUAGCUUGGUGGUACAGUGCUCUGGGUUCAAUCCCUGGUACCAAAACAGAAAAAUAACUAACUAGUCUUUAAUAAAAUACCAUAUCUCAUGUUCAUAUUAAGUAUUUCACUGAGUAAACUCCCUCAUCCCUCGCCACAAACACAACAGCAUAAAAAGCCUUGUAAAUAACCUGUAUUGGAAUUAAAUGCUUUUUAAUUGGUAAAUUUUUAUUUGCUUUUCUGAAAAAUUAUGGAAUUUACUUUAAAAAGUUAAUUCUAAGAUAAUAUUUUUAUGUAGAAAACUAAUGUAGCUAAUCAUACUUUUUCAAUAAAGUUAUAAUAAAUGGCACAUUUUCCUAAUCCCUGAAAAUACCAAGGUAUACAGGAAAGUGAUAGAAAAGUGAAUAUAUUGUAGGGUUCUGUUACUGAAAUUAAGGUGAAUAAAAAUCCACAAAAGGUUGUUUCUGAUUCUGAAGAGUUUUUUCCUUUUGCUUCUAUUUUACUUAGUCCUUCCAUGCAUAUUUACUUUACGAACACAAGUGACAUGUAGUUUUUAAUUUUAAAAUGUUUAAUUUUCUGCACUUCACAAGUUAGCAGAAUCUAUACUUAACCAAAUAGUAAAUUAGUUAACAUUUCUACUGGUUUCACUUAAUAAACAUUUAGACUGUCAAGGAUAGUGAAUGAAGUUAAAUAUAAAAUUGUUGGAAUGCUGUAUUAAAACAAACAUUACUUAAACUUCUGUUAAAAUACUUAUUAGGUUUUAUUUUGUAAUGUGUUUGAGUUCAAUUUUCUUAUUUUUAUUGCCAACUUGUGAGUAUGAAGAAAUUGUCCAAAGGGAUGAGAUAGAUAUAUGGAAUAAUCUUUUAAGGGGGGGGGGGGGAGUAGGGAAUGUUAUAAUCUAAUUCCAAACUGCCCAUUUACUUUAUUAAAGGCUUUGAGUUCCCUAAUUGGUCACUUGAUAAAUAUUUAAAUUAUUCAGACUAACGUCUGCAUAAAAUAAAUUUAAAUAUAUAAGAGCCUUAAAGUGAAAAAUGACCCUUUUGACUGCCUUAAAAUAUGACUAGCUCUCCUAUACAAACAUACUAGUUACUUUCUUUGGGGUCUGUUUAUUAAGUAAUGCCUUAAUAGUGUUAUAAUGUUUCUGAAGUACAGAAUUCAAAGAGUCUUUCUAGAGCUUUUAAUUUUACAUAAUGAAUGGGAAUUUAACUGCUAAGUUUAAAACCUGAUUGUACAUUAGUAAUUUAAACACAUUAAUAGGAUAAUCUGGGUACACUGAUGUGUUAUACAUAUGUAACUGUUAACAUCAGUAAUAUUUUAUGGUAGUUUAAUAUUUUUUAUUGUUUUGUAUAACCAGUUAUCCAAAAAGCUGGGUUUUAUGACUACAACAUGACCUCCAUGGACCAAGUUCAUAUAUUUAACAGUAUGAAUGACAAAUACAGUUGUACAAUUCCAAAAAUGAUUAAUUUUUAAGGGAAUAUUUUGAGACAGAAGGCAAAUAUUUUGUUUCAAGCCUACAAACAAAUUCAAAGAAGUGAAUAUAGUAUUAAAACAUUGAAACCAUUGCAAUAAUAAUAUCCAGGUCAGUGAUUUAAUUACAUUUGCAUUUUUACAUUCACUUUGCCUUUCAAAGCAGGAAUAUUUUAUAAAACCGAAAGAAUAAAUUGUCAAGCUGGUGCUUAAAGGUAUAUAAAGUUUGCUGUUUCAUAAACAUGUUUGGUGUUUAUUUCAUUUCUAAGGAAAACCCUUAAUGGGGGCACGCGGAGUUUUCUAAGAUUAUUGAUAGAUGCUUUGUCAAGUCUUCCAAGUUUUCACUGUAAAUAAUACAUCUAAUGUAAUUUUGCUGUUUUCUGAUUGGGAAUGGAUAAAUGUGCUUAUGAUUAAAUUUAUUUCAUGAUUAAAGUUUUCACCACUAUGGUGAAAAAUCUUGACUACUUCUUUCCAGCCUUGCAAAAUACCCUACUAAAUAUAGGUUGAGUAUCCAUUAUCUGACAUGCUUAGAACACAGAAGUGUUUGGAAUUUUUCAGAUUUUGGAAUAUUUGCAUAUACAUAUACAUAAUAUUUGGGGGAUAUUCUAUAUACAUAGCCUGAAGGUGAUUUUAUAAAAUAUUUUUAAUGUACCUGCAUUUGACUGUGACCUCCACAUGAGGUCAAGUAUGGAGUUUUUCAUUUGUGGUAUCAUGUCAGGGCCCACAAAGUGUCCAGUUCUGGAGCAUUUCAGAUUUUGGAUUUUGGAUUAGAUGCUCAACUAGUAAUUCAUUUAGAUGUGAAGUAUAGGUGGGCACUAUGUGAACUGCUUCUGAUCUGUUUAUUGUAGAAAUUGAUAGGGGUACCAAAUAAAUACUAUGCACAUCAGAAAAA